AUGCCUGCCUCAGCAAAUAUCCCCGCCAUUGCGCAAGCACAUGUCAGCGAACGCGCAAAGAAGACACUCGACCUGGUCGAAGAAUUCGUCGAAAAAGAAUGCAUCCCCGCAGACCCAACGUACUUGAAACAAAUCGGCGAGGGAGCCCAACAGCGCUGGAACGCCCACCCACCCAUCAUCGAAGAACUCAAGACCAAAGCCCAAAAAUUGGGAUUAUGGAAUAUGUUUUUACCAAAGAAUCAUUUCUCCCAAGGGGCUGGGUUUAGUAAUUUGGAGUAUGGGCUUAUGGCGGAGAUAUUGGGGAAGUCGCGUGUUGCUUCUGAGGCUACUAAUAAUGCGGCUCCGGAUACUGGCAAUAUGGAAGUUUUGGCCAAGUAUGCCAAUGAAGCUCAGAAGAAGGCGUGGUUGACUCCAUUGUUGGAGGGAAAGAUUCGCUCUGCUUUCCUCAUGACGGAGCCUAAUGUCGCAUCGAGUGACGCCACGAAUAUUCAACUUAAUAUCCGUCGGGAGGGUGAUGAAUACGUUCUUACUGGACAGAAAUGGUGGUCCUCUGGAGCAGGAGACCCUCGCUGCAAACUCUACCUUGUUAUGGGCAAAUCCGAUCCUCAUAACCCAGACCCUUACCGCCAACAAUCUGUCAUCAUCGUGCCCGCCGAUACACCGGGCAUUACAGUCCAUCGCAUGAUGCACGUAUUCGGCUACGACGACGCACCCCACGGACACGGCCACAUCAGUUUCAAAAACGUGCGCGUCCCCGUCUCAAACCUCGUGUUGGGCGAAGGACGCGGCUUUGAAAUUAUCCAGGGCCGUCUGGGACCCGGUCGUAUCCACCACGCGAUGCGCGCCAUCGGUUCAGCCGAAAAGGCACUCGAAUGGCUCAUAACCCGCAUCAACGACGAACGGAAAACCACAUUCGGAAAACCGCUUAGUUCCCACGGCGUAAUUCUCGAAUGGCUCGCUCGAUCUCGUAUUGAGAUAGACGCUGCGCGUCUCCUGGUUCUUAAUGCAGCUAUCAAAAUGGACCAGGGUGAUGCGCGCUCUGCCCUCAAAGAAAUCGCAGAAGCAAAAGUUUUUGUCCCCACUGUUACUCUGGCAGUAAUUGAUCGUGCGAUUCAGGCGUUUGGUGCUGCGGGUGUGUCGCAAGAUACGCCCCUGGCGAACAUGUGGGCUAAUGCGCGCACGUUGAGGAUUGUGGAUGGUCCGGAUGAGGUGCAUUUGCAGCAGUUGGCUAAGAGGGAGAAUAAGGCGAGGAAGGAUGAGUUGAUGACAAAGUUGCGGUGGCAGGCUGAGAGGGCGGAUCAGUUGCUGCUUGCUAAUGGGUUUGCGGCUAAGGCUAAGAUGUGAUCGUUCAUACCGAAGAAGUUAUGAAUUUUUUGAGCAUAUAUAAUCAUUUCUUUUGAAAUACAAAAUCAAUGGACGAGACAGAAUUUACCGAAACAUCGGAAUCGAGAUUGAAUCAUUUGUCUAG